AUGCGAAAUAUGCCAGAACCAUUUACAUUCAAGUUUACCGCUCCACUAGUCCGUUUUGCUACUGGAGGUCAGCCAGUUGCAAGUGAUAUUCAACAAUUGAUUGAGUCGAUUCCGAACUUUGUUGUAAACGUGCCAGGUCUGGGAGAUGUGGAUAUCAGCAAGCUGGAUCCCAAUCUCAUUUCCCAUGUUUUGCGAGGAGGGCAGAUUCCUGGAAUUCCUAAGGAAACGCUGGAUAGCAUCGUGCAACAGUACAUGCUGAAGAUGCACGAAGCAGCAGCUGCUGCGCAGAGGGGAACGCCAAUGCCAAAUUCCGAAAAGUUCCUUCCAACAUUGGACAGACUUCCUCAAGAGCUAAUAGCAGCGGUCAUUCAAGGUGACACCCUGCCUGGGUUGAAUGAGACGCAGACUGAAACCAUCAAGGUGAGCAGUGGUAAUGAGCAAGCACCAACAAGUCUUUUCUUCCGCUUUCAGCUCCUAAUCUUCUUAACCAAUUUUAACCACUAAAA